AUGAAGAGGCUCAUACGAUAUGGUUUACAAUAUCGUUAUGUUCCCACAAGGCAGAGUGAAAUCUGUCUAUCCUCCAUUCGGUUGAAUUCAACUACAUCUGCAUCGUUGAAUGAUAAUGGUUCAACUAUAAAUGACUUAGUUUAUGGAAUAUUCAAAACAGAUUAUAAUAAAACCAAACCAAUAACGUUCAAGAAAGGGUAUCCUACAUCCAAGUCACCAUACGAUAUCAUAAGUCGAUCAUCGUCAUCAUUGAAAAAAGGUGGGUCGGAAAGUUUGGGCAAUUCGUUUCUUGUUUAUUUCCAAUCAUAUCAAUUAAUCUUUGAUCCUAAGGGAUUUGAAAAGGAUAUAGUUACCACUGUUAAUGAGUUGAUCAAUGGGUUAAGUCGGGAUUUACAAAUUGAACCGGAGAAAGUUAAUCAAUACGUAUCUGAUUUGAUCACGAAUGAUUCUAAGGACGAUAUAAAUCGUAUUUUCCAAAAAUAUCAUCAUCAAGAUAAACCCCAAUUAAACACUAUAGUUAAUGCACUUGGGGCAACUUUACCGAUUGUCAAAGGUCGGGAGAUUAAUUUCUCAUACAUUUACACAGAUAAAGAGAAUCAGCCGACAGUAACAAACUAUGAAUUACCAAAGAUUAUCAAAGAACUUAAAUUCAAUCCAUUGUUAUUAUUCAAUGAUGUGGUACUAAAGAGAUAUGACAAGAAAUUAAUCAAGAAUGAUGAAUCUGUAUUGAAGAAAUGGAAUUUAUUAUACAACUUUGGAUUAACGUCAAUUGAAUUCCAUGCUAAUCUAAUCCCAAACUCCAUCAAUUUAAAAGAUGACAGUAGUGACAAGAUUAUAAAGAUGAUAUUACAAGAUUCAUCCAUUCAUAGAGUUAUCAUCUUUCCAAAGUCAAGAAAAAUGAUCGAAGAUUUGAUUAUUACCAAUAAAGAGUUUAGAAAACAAUUGUUUUAUCAAUAUAUCGGGGUCAAAACUUUGAUUGAUGGAUUUCCUAUUGCUUGGUUUACGAAUUUAUCUUCCAUUAACCAAGUUACAAAUGAAGAUAGUAAUGACAUGUUUGAAGAUUGGAUAAAUGUUGCACCAGCUUACAUUAAAUCGAAAGCAACCAUCCUACAAAACAGCCUUGAUAAUGAAACCGUUGAUCCUACAUUAUUACGAACGGUUACUUCGAUCGAUCAUACAUUUGAUCGAUUCAUCUAUAAAUCAAUUCAACAAUUUGAAAUACCAUUACCCAUUAUAAAACCGGUUGAAUUAAGAACAGCCCUUGAAAAAAAUUUACCUUUCAAAUCACCAUCUCUCGGGGAUACCAAUUUAACACGAUUUAAACUUCUUAAUAAUGCCAUCAUAAGACCAAAUACUCAUAAUACUCAUCAAUGGGUCAGUCUGAAUAAUAUCAAACGAGUCAUAGUCUUACAAGAUAAAGUCGGUGAUGAAAGUUAUCGAACCUUGGUAAAGUAUUAUUUAAGUAAUGAAGAAGGAUUAAGUGAAGAGAUUAUGGAAAGUUUAUCAAAGAUUUUAACUUCAUUAUCAUUUAAAUUAUUCUUGAUUGAAUUUAAUGAAUUUUAUAAUAAUCAAAGUUUAAGAGGGGCAUCAUAUAAGUUCUUGUUUGAUAAGUAUUUACAAUAUCGCUUUAUGAAUAAUUUCCAUUCUAAUCAAUUCAAUCAAUAUUUCGCAACGUUAUCGAUUGAACAACAACAAAUGUGGAUCAAACUGAUGGUAGAGUUCUUUAUAAAGGUGGUGAAAGCUCUUAAUUAUGAUCAAACCUUGCAAUUCUUACAAGAAUGUAAGAAUGUUUUAAAUAAGAAACAAUCAGUUUUAGUGGACAUUUCCAAACAAAGAAUCAUUGAACGGGCUUGUAAUAGUAAUGUUUUAUCUCAAUUUAUUGAUAAUUAUGAAUUAAGAAAUUAUGAAGAUCAAACUGAAAAUGGAUUAAAGUCAGGUAAACAUUAUUUGAAUUAUAGUAUUAUGAGAUUCAAUUUAAAAUCAGGAUUAAUUUCAUUCAUAUCAUCAACUGAAGAAAUUCAAGAUAUUUUCAAUAGUCUUUAUCCAAAUCAUGAACAUUUUAAUUACAUUGGAUAUAAAGUACAAACUCAAUCUCGAUUUGAAAGUGAAAUUCAUAAAGCAAUUCGAUUAUUAUACGAUUUAAAUCCUACUAGAUUAUUUGAUCCAACUAUAAAACUCGAUAAUAUCAACUAUGAUCUAAACACCUUACCUACAUUCACUAAUUCGUUGACGGUAGAGAUGAAGAAUCAAUUUUUAGAUGAAUUCAUGUUACCUUAUUUAAGUGAUUUUUAUGAUGUGAAUAAAUUAAUGGUGGUGAAUUAUACCAUUUCGAGAACAUUCUUUCAACAAAUUGGAGUGCUUGAAGAUGGUCCAAGUCGAAAUAUGAAUCGAUAUCCUGAUUUAAUUAGUAUGAUUUCUAGUAUUGGAUUUGAAUAUUAUCAAUAUUUGAUAUAUAAAUCAUUUAAGAAAUUUGAAUCCCACAUUCCCAAUCUGAAGGACGUAUACCCUCGAGUGUUUACCAUCUUGAAUGACAAGAAAUUUAAAUUAAUCGUCACCAAUGGUUCAACAAACUCGUUGUCUUUAUUCAAACUGAACAAUCAUAAUGUUAUCUAUAAACAAUUAUAUCAACAAUAUUGUCAGAAUGAUUAUUAUAAAUUACGAUUCCAUAAUGCCCAAUUCGAUCAAUACUUAGGGUCGAUCGUGAUUACUGAACCAUUCAUGAUUGAUAAAUGGUUUCAAGACACCGUUGAGCCAUUAUUAAUUGAAUUAUCGCAAUCGGAUUCAUCCCACCAAUCCCGAAUCCUCGAUCAAAUCGAAAUUGAAAUUAAAUCGUAUGAUUUAAAUUCAACAUAA